GAGCGGGCGCGCGCGCGAAAGAGCCGGCGGCGGCGGCGCCGGGCAGCGUGGAGCGGGCGCGCCUUCCUCCUUCUCCUUUUCCUCUUCUUCCUCCUCCUCGUCCUCCUCGGGGGGCGGCGGGAGCGCGCACGCCGGGUCGUGCUCAGCCUCAGCGGCGCCGCAGAGCGGAGAUUGUUUGCGCCGCCGCUCCGGGAGGGGAAAGGAGGAGAAGGAGGAGGAGAAGCGGGGGGGUUGGAAGCGAAGCACCGGGACCGCUCCCCGCUGCUUCUUCCUCUUCUUCUUCCUCCUCCUCCUCCUCGCCGUUCCCACCCCCGCAGCCAAUAUUCCCGAGAUCAAGCGCUACGCGGCGGGGCCGGCGGCGGGGCCCGGGGCGGGCGGCGGGGAUCGCAGCGAGGCCGCCGCGAUGGAAGCGCUGGGACCCGGGCCCCCGGCAAGCCUUUUCCAGCCACCCCGUCGCCCAGGCCUGGGAACCGUUGGGAAACCCAUCCGCCUCCUGGCCAAUCAUUUCCAGGUUCAGAUCCCCAAGAUCGAUGUUUAUCACUAUGACGUAGAUAUCAAACCAGAAAAGCGCCCCCGAAGAGUGAACAGAGAGGUGGUGGAUACUAUGGUGAGACACUUCAAGAUGCAGAUAUUUGGUGAUCGACAGCCUGGAUACGAUGGGAAACGGAACAUGUACACUGCACACCCGUUACCUAUUGGCCGGGACAGAGUGGACAUGGAGGUGACGCUUCCAGGAGAGGGGAAGGACCAGACGUUUAAAGUAUCCAUCCAGUGGGUGUCAGUUGUCAGCCUUCAGCUGCUGCUGGAGGCUCUGGCAGGGCACUUGAAUGAAGUUCCCGAAGAUUCUGUACAGGCACUUGAUGUAAUCACACGGCACCUUCCCUCCAUGAGGUACACACCUGUGGGUCGCUCCUUCUUCUCUCCCCCUGAAGGUUAUUACCACCCACUGGGAGGUGGCAGGGAGGUCUGGUUCGGUUUCCACCAGUCGGUCCGGCCUGCCAUGUGGAACAUGAUGCUCAACAUUGAUGUAUCAGCAACUGCUUUCUAUCGUGCCCAGCCUAUCAUUGAGUUCAUGUGUGAGGUCUUGGACAUUCAGAACAUCAAUGAACAAACCAAGCCUCUGACGGACUCCCAGCGUGUCAAGUUUACCAAAGAAAUCAGAGGUCUAAAAGUAGAGGUUACCCAUUGUGGCCAGAUGAAGAGAAAAUAUCGGGUUUGCAAUGUUACUCGGCGACCAGCCAGUCAUCAGACGUUUCCUCUGCAGCUGGAAAAUGGGCAGGCCAUGGAGUGUACAGUAGCUCAGUAUUUUAAGCAAAAGUACAGUCUGCAGCUAAAAUACCCGCACCUUCCCUGUCUCCAAGUCGGACAGGAACAGAAGCACACGUACUUACCGCUCGAGGUCUGUAACAUCGUGGCCGGCCAGCGGUGCAUCAAGAAGCUAACGGACAAUCAGACAUCAACCAUGAUAAAGGCAACCGCAAGGUCCGCACCGGACCGACAGGAAGAAAUCAGCAGACUCGUAAAAAGCAACAGUAUGGUUGGUGGGCCUGAUCCAUAUCUGAAGGAAUUCGGUAUCGUUGUCCACAAUGAAAUGACGGAGCUGACAGGCAGAGUUUUGCCAGCACCGAUGCUGCAAUACGGAGGCAGGAACAAGACCGUGGCCACACCAAACCAAGGUGUGUGGGACAUGAGAGGGAAACAGUUCUAUGCUGGCAUUGAGAUUAAAGUUUGGGCUGUUGCCUGUUUUGCUCCUCAAAAACAGUGCAGGGAAGACUUACUAAAGAGUUUCACAGACCAGCUGCGCAAGAUCUCCAAGGACGCAGGGAUGCCGAUCCAAGGCCAGCCCUGCUUCUGCAAAUACGCCCAGGGUGCAGACAGCGUGGAGCCCAUGUUUAAACACUUAAAACUGACUUAUGUUGGUCUGCAGUUGAUCGUGGUGAUUCUGCCUGGAAAAACGCCCGUGUACGCUGAAGUUAAGCGGGUUGGAGACACACUUCUAGGAAUGGCUACUCAGUGCGUUCAGGUAAAGAAUGUGGUAAAGACCUCACCACAAACUCUGUCCAACCUGUGUCUGAAGAUAAACGCAAAGCUUGGAGGAAUCAACAAUGUGCUCGUACCUCAUCAAAGGCCCUCAGUGUUCCAGCAGCCAGUGAUCUUCCUGGGAGCCGAUGUCACUCACCCUCCUGCCGGGGAUGGAAAGAAGCCUUCCAUAGCUGCUGUGGUGGGCAGCAUGGACGGCCAUCCAAGCCGCUACUGCGCCACGGUGCGCGUGCAGACCUCCCGUCAGGAGACCUCCCAGGAGCUGCUCUACAGCCAGGAGGUGAUACAGGACCUGACGAACAUGGUGCGAGAACUGUUGAUCCAGUUUUACAAAUCCACUCGUUUCAAGCCCACGCGGAUUAUUUACUACAGAGGGGGAGUAUCAGAAGGGCAGAUGAAGCAGGUAGCUUGGCCAGAACUGAUAGCGAUCCGGAAGGCCUGUAUUAGUUUGGAAGAAGAUUAUAGACCGGGGAUAACCUACAUCGUUGUGCAGAAAAGGCAUCACACCAGACUAUUCUGUGCUGACAAAACUGAAAGGGUGGGUAAGAGCGGCAACGUACCAGCAGGCACGACUGUGGACAGCACAAUCACACAUCCUUCUGAAUUUGACUUUUACCUCUGUAGCCAUGCAGGAAUUCAGGGAACCAGCCGGCCCUCCCACUACCAGGUCUUGUGGGAUGACAACUGUUUCACCGCAGACGAACUACAGCUGCUGACCUAUCAGCUGUGUCACACCUACGUCCGCUGUACGCGAUCUGUCUCCAUUCCAGCUCCUGCGUACUACGCCAGGCUGGUAGCGUUUAGGGCCAGGUACCAUCUUGUGGACAAGGAUCAUGACAGCGCGGAAGGCAGCCACGUGUCAGGACAGAGCAACGGCCGUGAUCCUCAGGCGCUGGCGAAGGCAGUGCAGAUCCACCACGAUACUCAGCAUACGAUGUAUUUUGCUUGAGAGCAUCUGGGAAGAUGAGGCAAAACCAACAACCCAUGCAGUCCUGAAACGUUUGGAAUGCCUACCGCUGUCACUAGGGCCCACGGUAUUUCAGACUGCCUGCUACCAGCAGCUCCGACAGUCGCACUGAACCUGUGCUUCACAGCAAUGUCUGAUGCACCAACACAAUUGAGCCAUUUGUUUCAUUGUUUUACGUAGUAGAGAUUCACAGACUGUCUUUUCUGAUGCAUUGGACUGAAUUUUUACCUCAAAGCGCAAAAGGCCGAUCAUCCUGAAAUUUUUAAAGGACUUGGCACGCAAGGUUUCUAUUGAAUAUUUUGCUAGCUGUCAUUUUUAAGUUCUCUUCUCAUCCCAUUAGUUCCUCGUGACGACCGAUUCCCCGUCUUCAUGCCCUGCUUAGUGAGUACGUGUAUGAUGGCAAAACGUUUUAUUCUGGUUCAAUGUAAUCGUUCUAUCGUGUGGGGCCAUAGAUUUUUUUAAUGGAGAUUUUAGACUUCACAACUGUAAAUGCCUUUUAACAAACAUAACUUUCACAGGUAUUGCAGUUUUUGUCAGUUUGACUAAUUCUCUUUUUAAUCUCUGCAGACUUCGGCUGCGAAGCAAUUGCACUAUACUGCGAGUUCAGAUCGGUGGUUCUUGUUCUGUGAAUGUGUAAUAUAACCAGAUAGUGAUGCCUGUCAGUAGAUUUUAAUUGUAAUGGUUACAAAUAAUACUGCCAUGGUAUCGUAACAAGUACUGAACCAUCAUUUCCCCCUCUAAAAACGAUAAAAAACAACAAAAAAAAAAUUAGCUUUUAGGUAUUUUGCAGACUUUUACAAAAGUGCCCACUUUAUGCUGCUGUGUGGUUUGAUAAAUCUAAGUGAUUUUAAAACUUUUUUCUCAUAAGAGGGUUUAACUUUGGCAAUAAAUAUUUGGUUUUUUAAGCCCCCUGACAGUGUAAUUUUCUAGCUGAGGGUUGUGCAUGAGUUUAACCAACGUUCUCGUGUCAUUUUCGGAACACACAAUUUGGCAGUUUCUGAAGCUAAUUAGAAAAGACGCACUUCCAUGCUUUUUUUAAGGCUUAUUUUUAACUGUUUUAUAUUCACUGUUGGUGUCCUGUCUACGACAUUUUUAUAAGCUUGGAAACUGGGUGUUAUGUGUAGGAACGGCUUGCCAAUCUGUACGGUCUAAAUGUAUUGUGUGACAGGCAACCUAAGGACUUGUACCAGCAUUUUAAACUCUUUUUUUCCUUUUUUCCCCCCCUGGGACUCUAGGUUGCGCACACAACUGCAUUGGGCAGCAUGUUUAACCCGCGUGAGUCUCGUACUGACCCUUUCCCAGCCUAGGAAUUAGGGUUUUUUAAUCUGCUUGGCUUUUUUUUCAGCUGCAACGUGUAAUAAAGGAGAGGGGCUUGGUGUCACGGAAUACUCUUAGAAUCCACAAAUUCGGUAAAUCCAGAUUCUUCUUAGUGCUAACGUGAGGUAGCGCAGAUUAAAAGCUUGUUCCCAAACCGAGCGGAGCGGUUCGAGAAGGCCAGCGAUUGCACUGUGGUCUGGCGUGGGCUUUGCUCCUCCGCUCUCUGCUGUUCCAAAGCUUAGGAACCAACCCCUUGGACAUUUCAGCAAUAGGAAAUGCUGUUUCCUUCAGUCUUUAAGCUUGUGAAUAACUCAAAGUUUACAUUUCUCAAUGCUGUUGUUUCAGUUGUACCGGAGUACGCUGAACGUAGUCUUCAGAUAGAUUUAUAACCUCCUUUCAAGCAGGAUGUCUCAUUAAAUUAAGUUUAAACUUCUUUCUUUUCUGUUGAAAGCAGGACUGCAGCGAGCUCCGCUCCUGGCGCGGGCUGUGGGCAGGGUUAGAGUGAGAAAAAAAACAGAUUCCUUUUAGUUUAUUUAGUUUUUUUUU